AUGAGGCAACAGGAACCAUCGUAUUUAAUUCCUACACGAAACUAUUUUCGUGAUAAUAUAAUUAAAAAUGCAUAUGAAAAAGUGAAACUAGAGUUACAAGGGCAAAUGAAAGAGGCCGGAUUCAUUGCAAUCACGACAGACAUGUGGACAUCAGACAAUAAAAUCAACCACAUUGCGAUUACAACACAUUUCGUUGAUGAUCACUACAUAUUACAAAAUAAAGCUAUAAAAACGUUGGAUUAUAACGAUGAACAUAAUGCAGAUGGAAUUAAAGAACGAAUCAGCAAAACACUGAUUGAUUGGAAAUUAUUGGAUAUUGUUAUUUGUGUCGUUUCUGAUAAUACAAACAUAAAAGUUGGACGAGAUCUACAUCUAGGCUGGACUGGCUCCUUUUCACAUUUAUUACAGACAGUAAUUGGGGAAGGUUCAGCAGUUCCAAAUAUACGAAAACGGAUCUCUUCUAGCUAUAAAGCUAAGCAAGAUCUGUCAACUGCACAAACAACUCUCGCUUUACCUACUGCACAAACAACUCUCGCUUUACCUACAAUGGAUCUCGUCGAAGAUGUCUGUACUAGAUGGAACAGCUCAUAUUACAUGAUAAAACGUUUCGUUCAAAAAGAAUUGUCAUUGGUAUUAUGUUUUACAUAUCCACACUUCGUUCGAUGGUUAAAAGACACGAGUAUUAUAACGAGUAUCGAUUUCGAUCUACUGAAAUUGUUAUUACAUUUAUUUGAACCAUUAGAAGAAAUUACACGGGCCAUCUCAUCGGCAACAAAUGCCACAGCUUGUUUAGUUCUACCAUUUUUAACAGUUAUAUUAAAUUUGCUUGAACUAGAUUCGACAAAAAUUGAUACUAUGAGACCGGCUAUGCUUGAACAAAUGAAGAAAUGGUUUUCAGACGCAUUUUCAAAUAAAUAUUAUUUACUUGGAACGAUUCUCGAUCCUCGUUUCAAACAAUUCACAUUCGCUCAACUGAAUUUAUUUUAA